CUCCCGCACUAUCGACAACCAGGCCAUCCGCUCACAAAGCCCAAGCCAACACACAGCCACUUCAAAGACGCAGACACCGGGAAAAACAGCCGCAACGGCGUCGACUCGCUGAGCACUUCUAAUUGAAGCCCACCAGAGCCUUGACGAGCGUGAACACUUGAAUUUCGACCGAGAAAGGGAUGGCGUGCAAGGGCAUGAGUACCAUGGGCCACGACAGCACUUCUCGUGUGUCGGGGGACUUGCCAGCCGUGUACCAGAUGCCCCAGGGGGACGGCAGGUAGACGUACAUGAACUGACAACACACACAGCGAGAGGCAGAACGAACAACAGGUCGAUGCCAUGCGCCGCGCCCAGCGAGCCCUUCCCGGCCUCACCACGACAGCAAAAGGAGCGACGAGGAUGCCAGGAAUGGACACCAGCAGCAGCGUGUCGUUAGACACAGUGUAGCCCUGUGAGAGCAGCACAUGGACCACGGCCAUCGGCACGGCGUAGAUGAAGUCGGCGAGGCCGACCCCCCAGGCCCAGCCAGUGGGGAACGUGCCAUUGUACCACUGACACACAGGCAGACAGGGACACAAACAUACCAACACACAGACAGACAGACAACAUGAGCGCAUCUUCGUUCGUUCGCUCUCGUGUGUGUAUGUUUUUGCACACCUUGAUGAAGGUGACGAAUGCCAGCAGACGGGGAUACUGCACAGCCAAAAGCCACGGCAGCGGGAUGGCACUCAACAUGGCCUGCAGCACACACACACACACACACAGAGAGAUGAGCCCUCAUUGCCUGGAUUCUCCACUCGGCCCCUCCCUCCCACUCUCACUCACCGCAGCUUCAUCUUGUAGCCGGCCCGGCAGCAGCACCCCAGCCACGUCGACAAACACGCCAGCCAGCGCCACAAACGUGGGCAGCAGAUACUUGGUGUUGCGGAGGAACACACCAGUGUAUCCGAGAUAGGCCGUGACGGCGCCGUACGAGAGGUGGAAGGCCAGCCAUGCCCACAGAGCGUAGCUGCCGGUGGGUGCGUACCACUUGAGAGUGAGGGCCAGCCACACAAACGUCCAGACAAAGAUGAGCGGCGUCACGACCGAUUCGCCGCGGACGUGUGGGGGCGGCUUGUGCAGCAGAGGCCACACCAAUGGCUGUUCCUUCGACGCUGCAGUGAUCGAGGCAGACAGAAAGACCGAUUUAUGAGGGAAACCAUGAAUGACAUUGAAUGAAAGUGUCUGUCUGCUCUCACUGCUUACUAACACGUGUCGGCCGCCGUGCCGUGACCGCGUUGCUUGAGAGAUGCAGCCAUUUCGUCAACUAUUGCUGUUCGUCAAUUGGAAUCCGGGCGGUGAAAUCGGUGUGCAAUGAUUUCUUUUGAUGCGGAUGACUUUGGCAGACAAACAGCGAUGGAUGCCACUCCUUCGCGUCAUCUUCU